AUGCCCUCCAAACUCACAGUCGGCGUUGCCCAAGUGCACACGCAAUCCACGACACCCAAGACCCUCUCGCUUCUCCGAAAACACACUCAAGUCGCCGCCGAAAAGAACAUCAGCAUCCUCCUCUUCCCCGAAGCCUUCCUGGGUGGCUACCCGCGCACGUGCAACUUCGGCGCGGCCAUUGGCAGCCGCACGACGCAGGGCCGCGAGCAGUUUCUGCAGUACUUCAAGAGCUGUGUUGACCUGGGCGAUACCGCUAAGGGAGAGGAGGAGCGGUGGCUGCGGCGGGAGUUGCAGGUCGAUGCGGAGAGUGGGAAGAGAGGGGAUGGGACGAGGGAGUAUUUGGAGAAUGUGAGUCGGGAGACGGGCGUCUUUCUUGUCGUGGGUAUGGUGGAGCGUGCGGGCGGGAGUCUGUAUUGUGCUGUAGUGUAUGUUGAUCCUGUCAAGGGCACGAUUGCGAAGCGCCGGAAGGUGAUGCCAACGGGGACGGAGCGGUUGGUGUGGGCGCAGGGCCAGCCGAGCAAUCUGCGGGCUGUGGUGGCGCAUGUGAAGGGCGUGAGAGUGGUGAUGGGUGCGGUCAUCUGUUGGGAGAACUAUAUGCCCCUGUUGAGGUAUGCGUUGUACUCGCAGGGUGUUAAUUUGUGGCUGGCGCCAACGGCUGAUCCCAGGGGGACGUGGGAGAGUUUGAUGAGGACGAUCGCGUGUGAGGGGAGGUGUUGGGUUGUCAGUGGCAACCAGUGUAUCAAGAGUGCGGACUUGCCAGCUUGGGUUACUGGAAAGGAGAGCAAUGGCACGGCAGGUGGACACGAUGGAGCUGUCAAUGGGACUGCGCCACCCAGCAGCCCACCGGUCGAUGGAAGGAGACGCUCGUCCGUCAGCACGCGCACGCAAGAGAACCACGAAAUUGUCUGGCGUGCGAAGAGCAAUGCGAUAGACGAAAGUCCGCUCGAGGAGACCGGGGCUGGUGCGGUGGAGGAGGAUCCGAAGGAGUUCGCCUCAGCUGGCGGCUCAUGCAUUGUCAAUCCCAUGGGGGAGACGGUCGUUGGACCGGUCUGGAACAAGGACGAAGAGUUGCUUUACGCGGAGAUCGACUUCGACGAGUGCGAUCGUGGAAGAUUGGAUUUCGAUGCGUCAGGGCACUAUUCACGUAUGGACGCUUUCCAGCUUACUGUACAGGGUCUGGACAUGACGCCACCUCCCUGA